AAAAAAAAAAAAAAAAAAAAAAGGCAGAGCAGCGGAAAAUGAGGCUAUGGAAGCGAGCCUCGGACGCCCUCAAGGACCAGAGCAGCCUCUGGCAGGCGAGCCUCUCCCGCCGCCACCCAGACAUCGAAAAGGCCGUCAUCCGCGCCACCUCCCACCACCCCACCUCCUCCCCCUCCUCCCGCCGCAACAUCGACCGCGUCCGCCACUGGCUCCGCCUGUCCCCCUCCAACCUCACCCCCAUCCUCCGCUCCCUCUCCUCCCGCAUCUCGAAAACCCGCAGCUGGCCCGUCGCCCUUAAAGGCCUCCUCCUCACCCACGCCCUCCUCAACUCCCCCUCCCCCUCCUCCAUCGGCCGCCUCCCCUUCGACCUCUCCUCCUUCCGCGCACCCGACGACGACGCCUCCCCCUUCGACCCCUUCGUCCGCGCCUACUACGCAUUCCUCGACCACAAAUCCGCCACCACGUUCCUCCUCCACCGCCCCGACGCAUGCGACAUGACGCAGGAGCUCCUCAUGCUGCAGAGCCUCCAGGGGCUGGUCGACCUCCUCGUGGCGAUCAGGCCUGCGCCGGCCGCGGCCUUCGCCCCGCUCGUGCUGGACGUCAUGGAAGGGGUGGUGGUGGAGUUGUACGAGGUGUACGGCAAGAUAUGCCGCGGGAUCGCGACGGUGCUGCUGGACAUCUACUCGGCGGGCAGGGCGGAUGCGGCGAUGGCGCUGAGAGUGGUGCGGAACGCGACGCGGCAGGGGGACGAGCUGGCGGACUUCCUGGACGUGUGUAGGGAGAUGCGGAUCGCGAACGCGGCGGAGUUUCCGGUGAUCGACCGGAUCCCGGAGGAGGGGAUAAGGGAACUGGAGGAGAUCGUGGAGGGAUUGACGAAAGAGAAGGUGGAGAUGAAGACGGUGAUCACACAGGAAUGGGAGAGAUUCGAGGAAGAUUCUGUGGCGGCAAGCUGUGGUCAGCAGCAACAUGAGAGUAGAAUUGGAGAAGCGCCGGAUUUGAUUACCUUGUUUUAGAUUGGCCCCCAUUCAUUUCUCUAUACUAUGCUGCAUGUAUGUUCUCUGUUGGCAACAAAUUAAAUCAUACUUUAGAUAUUCAUUAA